UUCACUUGCAAAUCAGUGUGUGCCCACAAGAGCCAGCUCUCCCGAGCCCGUAACCUUCCCAUCCCGAGCUGCAGUUUCAGCCGCGGCAGCGAGAACGGCUGAGCGGGCAACCGCGGCGGCGGCGGCCGAGGCAGGAGCAGCCUGGGCGGGUCGCAGGGUCUCCCUGGGAGCAGGAAGGCGAGCAGAGAUAUUCUCUGACAGCCAAGCCAAGAACAUUAAGGAAGAAAGGAGGAAUGAGGCUGGAUACAGUGCAGUGAGAAAAGACAUUUCAAGGAGAGGGGUACCUGCAUCUCAGAGACUGGACUGUGGCAUCAGAAUGAGAACUUACCGAUACUUCUUGCUUCUCUUUUGGGUUGGCCAGCCCUACCCAACUUUCUCAACUCCAUUAUCUAAGAGGACUAGUGGUUUCCCAGCAAAGAAAAGGACCCUGGAGCUCUCUGGAAACAGCAAAAAUGAGCUGAGCCGUUCGAAAAGGAGCUGGAUGUGGAAUCAAUUCUUUCUCCUGGAGGAAUAUACGGGAUCCGAUUAUCAGUAUGUGGGCAAGUUACAUUCAGACCAGGAUAGAGGAGAUGGAUCACUUAAAUAUAUCCUUUCAGGAGAUGGAGCAGGAGAUCUCUUCAUUAUCAAUGAAAACACAGGGGACAUACAGGCCACAAAGAGGCUGGACAGGGAAGAAAAACCUGUUUACAUACUUCGAGCUCAGGCUAUAAACAGAAAAACAGGGAGACCUGUGGAGCCCGAGUCUGAAUUCAUCAUCAAGAUCCAUGACAUCAAUGACAAUGAACCAAUAUUCACCAAGGAGGUUUACACGGCCACUGUUCCUGAAAUGUCUGAUGUCGGCACAUUUGUUGUCCAAGUCACUGCAACUGAUGCUGAUGAUCCAACCUACGGGAACAGUGCUAAAGUUGUCUAUAGCAUCCUACAGGGGCAGCCUUAUUUUUCAGUUGAAUCAGAAACAGGUAUCAUCAAGACAGCCUUGCUCAACAUGGAUCGAGAAAACAGGGAGCAGUACCAAGUGGUGAUUCAAGCCAAGGAUAUGGGCGGCCAGAUGGGAGGAUUAUCUGGGACUACCACGGUGAACAUCACGCUGACUGACGUCAAUGACAACCCUCCUCGGUUUCCCCAGAGUACAUAUCAGUUUAAAACCCCUGAAUCUUCUCCACCGGGCACACCAAUUGGCAGGAUCAAAGCCAGCGAUGCCGACAUGGGAGAAAAUGCUGAAAUCGAGUACAGCAUUACAGAAGGAGAGGGGCUGGACAUGUUUGAUGUCAUCACCGAUCAGGAAACUCAGGAAGGGAUUAUAACUGUCAAAAAGCUCUUGGACUUUGAAAAGAAGAAAGUGUACACCCUCAAAGUGGAAGCCUCCAAUCCUCAUGUUGAACCUCACUUUCUCUACCUGGGUCCAUUCAAAGAUUCAGCCACAGUGAGAAUUAUGGUGGAAGAUGUAGAUGAGCCCCCUGUCUUCAGCAAACUGGCCUACAUCCUGCAAAUAAGAGAAGACGCUCAGAUAAAUACGACAAUAGGCUCGGUCACAGCCCAAGACCCAGAUGCUGCCAGGAACCCUGUCAAGUAUUCUGUCGAUCGACACACAGAUAUGGACAGAAUAUUCAACAUCGAUUCUGGAAAUGGUUCAAUCUUUACAUCGAAACUUCUUGAUCGAGAAACACUGCUGUGGCACAACAUAACAGUGAUAGCAACAGAGAUCAAUAAUCCAAAGCAGAGCAGCCGAGUACCUCUAUAUAUUAAAGUCCUAGAUGUCAAUGACAACCCCCCAGAAUUUGCUGAAUUCUAUGAAACCUUUGUCUGUGAAAAAGCAAAAGCAGAUCAGUUGAUUCAGACCCUACGUGCCAUUGACAAGGAUGACCCUUACAGCGGGCACCAAUUCUCGUUCUCUUUGGCCCCCGAAGCAGCCAGUGGCUCAAACUUUACCAUUCAAGACAACAAAGACAACACAGCGGGAAUCUUUACUCGGAAAAAUGGCUAUAACAGACACGAGAUGAGCACCUAUCUCCUGCCUGUGGUCAUAUCAGACAACGACUACCCAGUCCAAAGCAGCACUGGGACAGUGACUGUCCGGGUCUGUGCAUGUGACCACCAAGGGAACAUGCAGUCCUGCCAUGCGGAGGCCCUCGUCCACCCCACGGGACUGAGCACGGGGGCUCUGAUUGCCAUCCUUCUGUGCAUCGUGACCCUACUAGUGACAGUGGUGUUGUUCGCAGCUCUCAGGCGGCAGCGGAAAAAAGAACCUUUGAUCAUUUCUAAAGAGGACAUCAGAGACAACAUUGUCAGUUACAACGACGAAGGAGGCGGAGAGGAGGACACCCAGGCCUUUGAUAUCGGCACCCUGAGAAAUCCCGAAGCCAUAGAGGACAGCAAAUCGCGCAGGGACAUUGUGCCCGAAGCCCUUUUCCUACCCCGUCGGACUCCAGCAGCCCGUGAUAACACCGACGUCCGAGAUUUCAUUAACCAAAGGUUAAAGGAGAAUGACACGGACCCCACCGCCCCGCCCUACGACUCCCUGGCCACCUACGCCUACGAGGGCGCCGGCUCGGUGGCCGAUUCGCUCAGCUCGCUCGAGUCGGUGACCACGGAUGGAGACCAAGACUACGACUACCUUAGUGACUGGGGGCCUCGGUUCAAAAAGCUCGCGGAUAUGUAUGGAGGGGUGGACAGUGACAAGGACUCCUAAUAUGAUAUGUUGCCUUUUUUUUUUUUUCAUUUUUCAAUACGACACUAAAAGAUGUGAAGUGGCUAUUUCUUUCUAUUUAUCCACUGCUUCGUGAAGGGUCCUCUGUUCUAUCCGUUCCAAAAGUAAAUGGCUGCAGUCCGUGUGGAUCCAACGUUAGAGACUUUUUUCUAGUACACUUUUAUGAGCUUCUGAGAGGCAAAUGUUUAUUUUUUAGUGCAUCCUGUUAACCAUGUCUGCCCAACAGGCGCUGGGCUGCAGGAGAGGAUGGGCGGUCAUCUUUUCCCCUGUACUCUUAGGGCAAGUCUGAAACACAGCUCAGUUUCACUGGCCUGGUCUCUUACUACAUUGCAUUGACUCAAGGUCAGCUGACUGCUCUGUACAUUUCACAUGCUAAUGGGAUGAGGGAUUGUGCUUUAAUGAUAAAAAUACAGUUUUAGUUGAAGAAAUGAGGGAGGAACCACUGUUCCUGUGUAUCAGCUCACAAGGAGAUGAUGAACUAUAUAUGGGUGUGUAUUUCUGUCACAAAGAAUUUAAAAUGAUAUUUGCCCAUCCUGUUUGUCCUUCAUGAUCUUUUUCCGGCACCAAUGACUAUUCAAAACGUCAGAUCCACCAGUGUUUUGAGGGUCUCCUUCCUCUUUAGGAAAUGAUGCCAAUUAAAUGGUAAUGUUCAAAAAGAACAACCAAAAAAGAAAAAAUCUUAAUACGACCUCAUUUCCUUGCCACUGGUUCGUAAGACAUGCAAAAGUUUGCUGUCGCAUCAUAUAAAGGGAAAGGAAAAAUAGCUAAUAGAUGUUAACAAAGGAAAUAUUUAGCGUAUUUUAAAGUUUGGUUUACCAAAUGUAUCAUGGAUCACUUGGAAUUAUUUCAGCCAUCAGUAGGCUAAUUACAAAUAAGUCCAAUCAUUUAAAAAGUUCUUGAAGGAACUUUUCUGAGACAAAGUUUAACUCCUUGUCUGUAGUUGUCAGUAUUAUUCUAAUGUACUUGAAAGUAGCAGUGCGAAGUACAAGAACUCAUAUGCUUCAGAUACUUCUUACACAAUUAAGUUGCAUUAGUAAAAUUAGAUUAAAUAAAACUCAGAUUCCUCUCUCAGAGUUAAAUGGGGAGGUAAGAGCCAGUCACACUUGAACUUGACACCCUGUCUGUCACAUUCAAAAAUAUCCGUAUAUUUAUAUAAUGUGAUAUAGAUGAAUACUGAAAUCAUGGUGAAAACCUACAUAUUAUAUGUUUGGAAGACGCUCUCAAAGGGAAAAGUUGGAUUCCCUACAACAAGGGUGUUUAAGAUUGUAAUUAAAAUGAUAGUUAACUUUCAAAAGCAUUAAGAUUUUUUCAUUGUUUUUAGCUUUGUUUCCAUGGCAACACUGCCAUCGUUGUCUUUGAACUAAUGAUAAAUAAUGGUCUCAAACUACAAACAGAAAAGUAAUGUACAAUCCAUCGAAUCCAUUAUUUCUCUAAUUAUGCAAUUAGCAUCAUAGUUAUUAUCCAGAGGACCCAACUGAACUGAACUAAUCCUUUUGGCAGGUUCAAAUCAUUUAUUUCAUACGCUGUUCUAAUGAUUUUUGUCAUUAGAAUCUUACAUUGUGCAGUCAUCAGAAAUUUCCAAAGUACUGUAAUGAAAACAUCAUUUUGAAAACUUAAAAAAAAAACAAAAACAGGUUCUGUAUGUAUAUAAUAUGUACUUAAGAAUAUGCUGACUUCAAUUAGUAGUCUUAGGGAUUUAUUUUCAAUUAAUGUUAAUUUUCUGCAGGUAAUCUUAGUGUCAUUUCCAUUUGGGGAUAAUGUCAUAUCAACACAUAUUUUCUGUUUGGAAACACACUGUUGUUUUGUUAAGUUUUAAAUAGAUGUAUUACUCAGGAAGUAAAGACAGCAUCUUUAAAAUAAGAGAAAUAUAGUAUUUGGGGUUACCCAAUUAGAAUGAAAAAUUGUUACAACCAUAUUAUUCCUUGUGUUUCCUGAAUGGAUGGACUUCCCUGUAUACUAACAAGUAUUUUAUGCUUGGACCAUUUCUUGCUUACAAGGUUCUCUUUCCUAGUUCUUCAUACACACACAGACACACACACACAGAAGAAUGCAAAUAAAGGACUACAGGAGGGCUUCACUGUAAAGAAUCAGUAUAUAUCAUAGUCACAGGUAAGUGCUGAAAAAAGAUAGCUUAGUAAAGUUAAUUAAUAAAAACUAGUUACUUAUAGCAAUAGAACAGCACCUUAAUCACACAACUUACUGUAAAAAGAGCUCUCUAUCCUCAUGUUUAUGUUAUGUAAUAAAUUAUAUCAAGAGAGAUAGUCCUGUAAAAAGAAAAAUAUCAUCAGAAGUCUUCCUUUUGAACUUUUGGCAUUAAUUGGAAUGUCUGUGGGUUGAUGCCAGCAACUUCAAAGUUUAGGGGUAAAAUUUACAUUCUCCUCAUAUAAGUGAAAGUAAGAAGUUCUGUAGUGGGAUUUCUGAGGUGUGAUUGGAAGGUAUCUUAUACAGUUAUACCAAGAACAGGUUAAUAUGACUAAAUAUUUAAAUAAUUAGUAAAUCUCUUACCACAAAACCUGAUGAUGAGGUGAAUCUCUAGAAAGAGAGUAAAUUGAGACUGAAGCUGAAUAUUUUGCAUUAGGGUCCUAUAAAUGUCAAGGUUGAAUGAUAUUUUCCUAAAAUGAAUGCUGUCUGACAUCAUGGAAACAAUAAGAACCAUAGUCUCAUCAUUCUGUGCUGGUUGCACUUCCUUCCACCAAGCUAUCAGGUCGAGGACCCAGGUCAGACAUGAAUGAUUACUGGAGAAAGCAUGAGUUUUCAGUUCAAUUUUUACAUUGUCUCUGUUCUGGUAUUAGCUGUUUGCCAUGAGAAAGAGGGAAGGAGAUUGGAGAGAGGCAAAGUUUUAAUAUUUGCUUCAAUCACAAAGAACCUAAAGUUCAUUAACUAUAGGGAGAUUACUUUUGUGGGUUGUUUCAAGGACUUUGAGGCCCUUCUCACAUUAUUUUCCACCCUCUGAUUAAAAAGGGAAAGUUUCUUCAAAUCACCAAGAUAUUCCCUAGAAUAAGCUGAAAUUUUAAAAACAGUAAUCUAUUGUGCAUAAAUUUAAAGCCCCUCCACUUCAUGGCAUGUUCUGAAAGACCUGGAAAAUAUUCAUUCCCAAAUAAAAAACUAAAUCAAAAAAUGAGAAGGAGAAUUGAAAAUGGUUCCGCAGAGCCGUGAGAGAGGGGAUCUGGACCCAGAAAAUGUAUGUUUUUGUAAGAAUUUUCUUAGCUUUACAGUUUAGAUGCAUAAAGGUUUGGAUACAAAUUUGGAUACAAAUUGACUCCAUUUUCAGACGGAAUAAAAUCUGCUGAUUCAAUUCUCAAUAUAAAAAUUUUGGUUUGACAUUCAUUUUCAGCUCCCAAAAAGUUGUACUUUUAUAAGUUGAAUCUCUCCCUUAGAAGCAGCCAAAUUUUACAGAUCCAUAUUAACUUAGAAUGCUUUCAUUACUUUCAUUUUAGGUAAUUUUUAAAUUUAGAUAUUUAAGUAAUACAUAGAUUUGAGAUGUUUGAUUUGCUGAGCAAUACCUUAUAUCAAAUGCUUUGCCUUGAAAUGAUUAUUUCAUUGGCGAUAAUCAUGUAUAAACUACAAAUUGGGCAUUCCUCAAUUUUAUACACUUGAGGACCAUUUUUUAAAAGUAUGCAGUUGAAAGGAAAGAGAAAGCUAAUUCCUGAGCCCAAACUAAAUAUUUAAAGCAGGUACAACUAAACUCAUUUUCCUCAGGAACUGAACUAACCAACAAAUUAUUUUGUCAUAGUCACUGGUGUUGAAGCAGUGUAAUUACUUUGGAAAAACACUAGAAAGUCAUGAUCUCCACUAUUUGGAAAGGUAUCCUCUGAAAAGAAUCAUUUUAGUGUAAUUUUAUUCUUUUUUUGUUUUUAUAUAGAUGAAAUCCUUUUUAAUUAUGACAGGAGAUUAAAACUCUAAGCUGUCUACUAUGUUUACGUUAACGCUACAACCAAGACUCCUUUAUAAGAUUAUAAGAGUGGAAAGAUUAAGAGUUUGUGUGUGGGUCUUCCAGAAAAUAAACUAUUUCCUAAGGUCUGACAAGUAGCUUUCUUUUGUAGAGGAUACAAAGUUACAGUAUGGUCUCCCUAAAAGUUCAAUGAUUCUUACGGUUGCAGAAUUUUUAAUAUCUCUUUGGCAUCUUUAUGGAACAAUUUUCUAAAGGGAUAAUUCUCUACUAAAAAAUAUUAGACCCUGACCAUAUUUAACACAGAGAGAAAUGCCUUGGACUCACACACUUGUUAAAAGUUAAUAAAGGAAUAGUUCAUUUUUAAAGCCAGGAGUUUAUGGUCUCUGCAUCGUCAAUUUAAUUUAAGCAUUGCUGAGACAAUCUUUAAUCUCCUCCCCAUUUGGUAAUACCUUAUUUAUGAUGCAUUUUCAGUUUUUAAUUUGGGGGAAACGUUUGCCCAACAGAGCCAGCAGAUGAAAGUGCCGAAAGGAGGUCAAAUGGAAACAAAGCCUAUUACCCACUGUAUUUCAGACAGGACCAGGCACUUAGCCGAAGAGCCACUGGGUUAUUAGAUUAAUUUCGAAAGAGCUUUUACAAGUUGCUUAAUUCCAUUUUUUUAAAAACUGAUGGACCACAAACUCAAAUUUCUUCUCAAAUGGGGUUAAUUUGACAAAUGAGGCAUGGACCUAGCAUUGUGGAAAAAACAUUCCACUAUAAUGAGAUCUUGGUCUUUCUUGCAAGACUACACUAUUUAUGUAAAUAUGUCUAGAGGCACCUACUAUAAGCUUUUAGUUUUCUAUGAUCUAUUAGUUUAGUGUUUAUUAAGGAAUCAUAUGUAUAGAAUCACUAGGCAUUCAGGAGGAAUGCUGUGUAGCAAACAUAAAAAUGAUCUGUUUGGGAGAAACAUAGGAGCGCUUUCAAACCACUGUACUAUUUUGUGAUUAUUUUCCUUGCUUUGAAAGUAAACUGCGUAAGAAUAGGAUUUAUAAUAAAUGCUAUGGGCGUCUUCAGUAGUACCAAGCUAAGGCAAUUUGGCAGUCUCCUACUGUGAUGUGUGAUUUUAAAUUCCCCAAAUAAAAGCUUUUUGGUAUUGAUUGUUUUUAAUUAAAAAUACUCCCAAGUAUAAAUUGAAGCUGAUGCCACCCUCGAAGAUUUACCGCCUGGAGUCCUCAGUUCAUAUGGUUUUUCUCCGUGUCGCGCGUGUCUCUGACAACGAGAACACCUGGUGGAAACAAUCACUGCUCAGCUUUCAUCCACAUUUCCAGCUUGGGAGAUUUUUCAUAACUUCACAGAUUACAUGAGAAACUUUUUUGUGUUAGAAGAAUGGGGUUGAGACUAUUACCUUUUUAGCUCAGUGUGGCGGGACCAUUCGUUGUAGUCAAAUGGCAAAUACACGCUCCUUGAAAUGGCUUCUUUUAUUUUCCUUUGUUUUCUUGGAAGUAUAAAUUUAAAAAGAAUGCAAUUUAAAAAGUGAUUUCUCACAAAGAGUAAAUAUGCCUUUUGCAAAUCAAUUUUUGUAACAAGUUAUUUAUAUGAUAUUACUUAAUAAACUGGUUUUUUUUUCUAA